GGCGGCGGCAGCUGCUCGCUCCGGUAGGGCAGGGCCGGCAAGGGCGGGACUGGCCCGCUGCGGGCGAACCAGGGAUCGGCGAAGCUAACGGGUCCGGACGUCGGCGGCGGCUGCAGCGGCGGCAGCGGUGGCUUUCUGCCUGGGCGGAGGCGGCGGCAGGAGCAGCGAGCAUGGCCCGCGCGGCGCCCAGCGCCGACUGAGGGUCAUGCUGAGGCAGCCUGGCGCCUGACAAGUGAGGGGAGCCUGCCAGGGGAUUACUGCGAGCAGGAGCAAACAGCGAGACGGCAGGACGGCUGGCCCCCGGGGAGCAGGGAUGGGCAGAGCAGCCUCUGAGUCCGGGCCAGAAGCACCAGGAAGGAGGCCUGGGCCCUGGCUGCGAGCUUGGCACAUGUUCUGCUGACCUGAACUGGGAUCAAAGCAGCACCCUGCUGAGCCGCAGCUGUGCCCAGGCCCCGAAGGACUCCAUUGCAGCAGCAGCUCUACAACCCCUUAUGAAACUGCAGCCGGCGCUGUGCCCAUCGGGAGAAGGGACCUGUACCUCGGAUGGGAAGUGGAAGAGCAGAACCUAAUUCAAAGAGGAUCUUGGUCUUGACAGCAGUUUUGCAACACCCAUAGAGCAUUCUGGUUUCUUCUCUCAGGGCUAGGGCCUGGUUCCCCUCCCCUGGCAGAGGGGUUGGGCCGGGAGGACCAUCUGACGGGUGGAUGUCUCUUGCAUGGAAUCAGUGCUGCCUGAAGCCCUCAUGUUCUCUCUUGUGACUGGGAUUUAAGGGCUUCCCUGCUGCAGGGGACGAGGGGCUGCCUCGGCAUCUGCUCAUGAACCACAAGGACCCCGACUACUCCAGACUGGACUGUUUCAAGCCACCAAAGAAGGGGGCCCCCACAGCAGGCAGCCAGCAACCCCAAUGGACUAGAAGGCUGGAAUGGACUGACCUCCCCCUCUCUAGGGCAGCGGGAGAGGCGGAGCACCUGUGGCCGAGCUAGUGACAGAGAGACCCAAUGAAGCCAUAAGCAGCAGCCCAAGUGGCUCAGGGACAGGAAGCCACUCCUGCCCACGUGGUUUCCCCUUACCCUGAGAGAGCACGUGGCUUGGGACUCCUGCUGCUGUCCCCUCUGCAGCACACGCCCUUAUGCCCUAGAACAGGCAGGCCCCAGCUGUGGCUGGCCUGCCCGUGGGCUGGGGAAGGAGCGGCCACAGCGGCACCCGGCUGCCCGCCGGGCUGGCGGUCCAGCUUCCAGGGGCCUCGCACCAUGAAGUGCUCCCUGCGGGUGUGGUUCUUCUCCGUGGCCUCCCUGCUGGUGUUCAUCAUGUCACUGCUCUUCACCUACUCCCACCACAGCAUGGCCACCCUGCCCUACCUGGACUCCGGGACCCUGGGGGGCACCCACCGGGUGAAGCUGGUGCCCGGCUACGCCGGCCUGCAGCGCCUCAGCAAGGAGGGGCUCGCUGGCAAGAGCUGUGCGUGCCGCCGCUGCAUGGGUGACGCCGGUGCCUCCGAAUGGUUUGACAGCCACUUCGACAGCAACAUUUCCCCUGUCUGGACCCGAGAAAACAUGAAUUUGCCCCCUGAUGUCCAGAGGUGGUGGAUGAUGUUGCAGCCCCAGUUCAAGUCGCACAACACCAACGAGGUGCUGGAGAAGCUAUUCCAGAUAGUACCAGGCGAGAACCCCUACCGUUUCCGGGACCCCCAGCAGUGCCGGCGCUGUGCUGUGGUUGGGAACUCUGGCAACUUGCGGGGCUCUGGCUACGGGCCAGAUGUGGAUGGGCACAACUUCAUCAUGAGAAUGAAUCAGGCGCCAACUGUGGGCUUUGAGCAGGAUGUUGGCAGCCGAACCACCCACCAUUUCAUGUACCCCGAGAGCGCCAAGAACCUGCCCGCGAACGUCAGCUUUGUGUUGGUGCCCUUCAAGGCCCUGGACCUGCUGUGGAUCGCCAGCGCCCUGUCCACGGGGCAGAUCCGAUUCACCUAUGCCCCAGUGAAGUCCUUCCUUCGAGUAGACAAAGAAAAGGUCCAGAUCUACAACCCAGCCUUCUUCAAAUAUAUCCACGACAGGUGGACAGAGCAUCACGGGCGGUACCCUUCUACAGGGAUGCUGGUGCUCUUCUUUGCCCUGCACGUGUGUGAUGAGGUGAACGUGUAUGGGUUCGGGGCCGACAGCCGGGGCAACUGGCACCACUACUGGGAGAAUAACCGGUAUGCGGGUGAGUUCCGGAAGACCGGUGUGCACGACGCCGACUUCGAGGCCCACAUCAUCGAUAUGCUGGCCAAGGCCAGCAAGAUCGAGGUCUACCGAGGCAACUGAGAAAGGCCUGGCCGCGACCCUUUCGGCCCAGCUGCCAAGUGCCGGUGCAUACUCCGGGUGGGGACUAAAGGCUAGCCCCAGGGCAGCAUCCUCGGCCUGGCGCGAUGGUCUCCAAGCAGUCCCAGGACACGGUCUGGACCGAACAGCGAGCGCCGGCUGUUCCCUGCCAAUCACGAGACACUGGGGGCCUGGCACCAAUCAACGCUGCAGUCAGGCGGAGCCUAUCUUAACCAAUCAUGUGACUCAGCUCCUUGAGUCAAUUUCCGGCGCCCGCCGGGCGUCUCCUCCAAUCAAUGGCCUUUGGAGGCGAACCGGUGGCUUCUCAAACCCCACUCGCCUAUGCUUUUGGGUAGGAUUUUGUUUCACGCUUUUUAAGGAGUAGAGGUGGUUUCUGACCUCUAAGUACUUUAUUCAGGCUUGGUUGGAGCUGUUGCAGUCACUUGCGGGCCUGACCCCCGCCAAGGACGCCGAGAAGGAAACAGAGGGGAGCGGCAGCGGCUCGGCUUCCCCUCCCCGGGGUCCCUCGUGGCCGAGGGGGCGCCGAGGAGCGGGCCAGGUGGUUUCUAGGAAGCGCUCUUUCACCCCAGAGAAAAGCCAGAGCCCUCCCGAAAUGCUCCAGGCCUCCGAAAGAGUUUUAGACCCCGUAUUUCUGUUAUCAGGCCGAGAUGGGUGUUAACCCACCAAAGAAAUGCAGUGAGAACCCAGAGGGCGCGUGCGUCCCCUCAUCCUCCCACCUCCCCUUCUCCGUCUUUGGCCACCCUAUGGAAUGGCCUUUCUGACCAGGGCAUUUAGUGUCUCACUAGAAAACGAAUUGUGUUCACCCUUUUGUGGGGGGGGCAGAAUUCGCCUAGGGCCUAACUCUGGAGCAUAGGUUUAAAGAACUGGGCAGGGGACAAGGAAGCCCCCUCACAUCAAAUGUAAGGUGCUUCUCUCUCACAUGUAUCCUUGGCCCCUACUGUUCGCUACAACCUUUAAUGUCUCUCCUUAGGCCCUGGGCCUCCACACCAGCCUACUUGCUCUGGAAAAAGAAAAAAAGAAAAAAAAAAUCUUGCCCUGGGACUGAUUGGGGCACUGCUGCUUUUCUCAUUCAAUCUCUCGCUUUUCUUCCUCCAUCUCCCCCCCUUCUCUCUGUCUCACACACACACACACAUGCACGCACAAACACACAUGUCUGGCUGGCUCAAAAGAGGGAGCAUACAUGUAGGGGGAAAAGGCUGGCGAUGAGGAGCCCAGCUGCCUGGUGCAUGCACCUUCUUCACCCACCACCCCAAAGAGGAGUAGGAAACCUCUUGCUUGGGGGUGCAAUUUGCUUUGGGCUCAUAAUUUAGUUAACCUGAAAUUCCCAGAUAUGGCUGACCAACAAAGAUUCUUUAAAAAUUCUGCACUGGCCAUGGAAAUAGCCAGGAGCCUCGCUGGGGAGGAGUAGACUUGCCCCUCUGCAUGCCUCCUCCCCGGCCCAUGGGUCCCGUCCUUCCUGCUCACCUACUGCCUUCUUGCUCUAACUCACUCUCCAUUUCCAGCUCGGGAAUGGGCUGGGAAGCUAACAACCAGGGAUUACAUCUGGAAGCUACUUGCAUGACUGAACCCAGCUUAAAUUCCUAGAGGAAGCUGCUGAUGGUAUUCUCACCCUUCAAGGUUGGAGAAGUGUAGGAGGGGAAAAAAGCUUCCGUGAAGCUUCCAGACCACUAAGAGGACCCCCCACCCUGCCCAGCAGUGACAACACAAAUACCAUACCACCCUUUUUCUUAGUGAGUUGGUACCACCAAGCAGCCUCCUGGCCAUUGGAGUAGUUCCUGCAGCUGGCUGAGGGAACAGUAACCAGGAGGGUAUUAGAAGAGGGUUGGAGCGGAGCAGUGGACACCCCCAAAAGUUAAUAUAUUGAGAAUUUAGUUUGAGUCUGUACCUUCCUAAUUCCAAAAGUAGGUAGAAUAAAGAAUGGGGAUGGAUUUAGGGGGUGGCCUCGGGUGGAUUGCCUCUCAGGGCCUCCCCUGCCACUCUGGAGAGCCAAGGCACCAGCCACUCUUGCCCAUCUCAUCUCAGUGCUUCCUGAAGAGGCUGUUUUGAGUGUUUAGAAGAUGAAAAAACAAUGGAAUUAUGCCAAACAGUAUUGAGCAGAAUAAUUUAUUUCUUUUUCUGUUCUUUUUUGUUUUAAAACAUUAAUAAGUCCCCGUUCUGAAAGAGCUAGGUCCCAGCAUCCAGCCCACAUCUCCUUUUCUGCAAUAGUUAUUUAAACAAAUGUAUUUUUAUUUUCUUUCCUUUCUCUCUUUCUGAAUUAAAAAGAACAGAAACAUUG